AUGCGCCGAGAAGAGAAGCGACGCAAGUUCAAUGAGGCUGUCCUCAACACGCUUUUUCCUCCUCCAUCACCAUCGCCCAAAGAUGAGGACGUACCCUUCAACGUUUCACGUCAAGACAUUGAACUAGAAACUGGGUCUUCAGCUACCAGCGGUGAUGAGGAUGAUGACAGCGAAGGCGAGACCCAGAAGCUCACGAGGGCCCAGCGGAAGAGAAUGCGGAAGAAGAAGCUUAAGGAAGACGCUUCUCGGCGCAAGCAAAUCAUAGGGCCUCUCCUUCCGUCGAAGAUCGGUGAAGGUGAAAAUUGCACUCCAGAUGCUCGACGAAAUGCCUCUGAGGAACCAAGUGAUGAGCCAAUUCAACCUGGUUGCAGUAAUCAGAAGAAUAAGGUGAAGCAAAGGAGGAAGGCGAAGAAGCUAGCCAGGGAAAGAGAGCAGCAUUGAUGUGUUUCAAUUCGACUAAACCAGUGAAGGCUGUGAUUUGGCUUGUGGAAUGCUUAGCUUAUAUUACAUCAAUUCGACUAAAGCAGUGAAGGCUGUGAUUUGGCUUGUGGAAUGCUUGGCUUAUAUAAUACCAGUUAUACAUUGAGGGUU